AUGGAGAGGGGGAAUGUAACAGAAAGAGAGGAGAAAGAAUUUGUCCCUCUGAGAGAAAAUUUAAAACGAAAAGCAGGUGAGAAGGAAGAUAACUUGAUGACACCCUACUAUCAUGAGCAAAACAGCAUUGCCCAGCUUUCAGAUGAACAGGUUGAUGAAAUCAGAUGGCAAAAUGGAAUUGAAAUUGAAGGAGAAAACUGCCCUAAACCUAUCACAAGUUUCCAAGAUUUGAAUUUACCCCCGGAACUUCAAGGAUACUUAGCUAAUAAUGGUUAUGCACGUCCUACUGCAAUUCAGAUGCAAGCUCUGAGCUGUGUUAUGAAUGGCAGGGACAUCAUCGGUUUAGCAGAGACCGGUUCAGGAAAAACACUAGCAUAUUCUCUUCCAUUAUGUAUGUUCCUUAAAACAAGAAAGCCAUGUUUACCCGCAGAGGGCCCGGUGGCACUUAUUGUGACACCCACACGAGAGCUAAUGCGGCAAGUGUCAGAUCAUGUUGCAGAGUUACUAAACUUUUUAACGAUGAGCACAACAUGUGGUUCAUCAGGUAAUGUUGGCCUCUUACAGAAUUACAACUCUGCUCCAGUGACAGGAAACUUUGGAAAUAACACCCACUUGGGCAUGAAUUCAUCUUACACUCCACUCAAUACUGGUUCCAUCAGUGUACAUGACUAUGAUUCAUUUGCAGCAGAUAUGUCUUUAACUUACUCCCCUUUAAGGGUAACCCCAGUCAGCUUUAAAUACCAAUCUGCUGGAAUAUGUGGUGGUGUCCCCAUUUCACAUCAGGUGCAGAAGCUAAAAAGUGGCACUGAUGUUGUCAUAGCAACACCUGGAAGGUUACUAGACUUGUGUGAACGUGGCAUUCUGAGUCUCGACAAAGUGUCAUACUUGGUUAUGGAUGAAGCUGACAAGAUGCUCGGUAUGGGAAUGGAGGAACAGUUGAGAAAGGUUGUCGGGCUGGCCACUGGUACAAUUAGGGCCAGACAGACACUUCUCUGGACCGCAACUAUGCCUGAAUCAUUAGAAAGACUGGCAAGAUCAGCAGUUCUAAAUCCUAUAAAAAUUAAGGUAGGACCUGGAACUGGUCUGAUAUCACCAACUAUACAGCAAAAUGUUGUUUUCCUUUACCACUAUGAAAAGCCAGCUAAACUUCUUCAAGUUCUUAGAAGCACUCCAUUUCCUCCUGUUAUGGUCUUUGCAUCAUCCAUACAGAAUGUAGACUAUGUCGCUGAGUUACUCAAGAAGGAACAAUUUCAUGCAUCAGGCCUUCAUUCUGAAAAAUCUCAAGAUUAUCGCUUUAAAUUGAUAGAUACCUUUCGUGAUGGUAAAGUGGAUGUCCUUGUGGCCACUGAUGUUGGCUCAAGAGGCCUUGAUUUUCCAGAAGUAGCACAUGUCAUUAACUAUGAUUUACCUGACAGCAUUGAAGAUUAUGUUCACAGGUGUGGGCGGACAGGUCGGAUGGGACAUUUUGGGGUUGCCACUUCUUUUCUGACUUUAGACUGCAAGAUAGCUGAUGAGCUUAAGGAAAUGUUAGAGAUAAUGGAUCAAGUAGUUCCCAAAGAGCUUCAGAACACUAAACAGUUUGGUAAAAAGAUUAUCAAGACAGAAUUUGGUGACAGAGUUGUAGAUUCUUAG